AUGACAGUUGUUGUUGCUAUUCAUUUGCUAAGAAAGCUGGGUGUCCAUAAUUUGUUUUCUUUCUUUUCCACCCCAACACCCUUCUCUUUUAUCCAUUUGAAUUUCUUAAUGUCUCCCCCAUUUUUCCGUAUCACCCUCUCUCGCCUUUUUUUUUUUCGUUUUUUUUUUUUUUUUUUUUUUUUUUCGUCUCUCGCCUUUUUUUUUUUUUUUUUUUUUCGUCUCUCGCCUUUUUUUUUUUUCGUCGCCUUUUUUUUUUCCGUCUCGCCUUUUUUUUUUUUUUUGUCUCUCGCCUUUUUUUUUUUUUUUCCGUCUCUCGCUUUUUUUUUUUUUUCCGUCUCUCGCCUUUUUUUUUCCGUCUCUCGCCUUUUUUUUUCCGUCUCUCGCCUUUUUUUUUCCGUCUCUCGCCUUUUUUUUUCCGUCUCUCGCCUUUUUUUUCCGUCUUCUCCCCCCUCUCUCGCUUUUUUUUACCCCCGUCUCACCCUGUCUCGCCAUUUUUUUUCCCCGUUUCACCCUGUCUCGCCUUUCUCCCACCACCGUCUCACUCUGUCUCAUUUUAUCGCCUUUCACCCCCUCCCCUGCCCCCAGUCUGUCUUCCCCUCUUUUCUUUUUUCCUUCUCUUCCGCAUUGAACCUUUUCUCAAUUUAA